AUGGCUUGUACUCCAAACAAGUUGUUCACUUAUGCAUUACCUGUGUGGGAAGGUUCUGCAAAUGACUAUAGAGUCCUUCAAGAUGCAUUGUCUAGGACACAGCCACAUGGCUUGAAAGUAUAUGGUGGGAAGUAUUACUUGUGUGAUGCGGGAUACACGACCAUGUCGGGUUUCAUCUCCCCGUAUCGUGGUGUCACUUAUGCAUUACCUGUGUGGGAAGGUUCUGCAAAUGACUAUAGAGUCCUUCAAGAUGCAUUGUCUAGGACACAGCCACAUGGCUUGAAAGUAUAUGGUGGGAAGUAUUACUUGUGUGAUGCGGGAUACACGACCAUGUCGGGUUUCAUCUCCCCGUAUCGUGGUAAUCGUUUCAAAAUUCUCACCGCAAAGCCUCAUUACCCUUUUCGUGUGCAAGUGGAUAUCGUAUUAGCUUGCAUAGUUCCUCACAAUUAUAUUGCAAUGGUUGACACGGAUGAUGACAUAUUCAAUGAGACCGUUGACAUCAAAGAUGAUGAAUGUGAUGUUGUUAAUGAAGAUGAGAAUAAUAUUGUUGAUGUCUCUCAACCCCAAAUUCAAAGGGAGCAAACACAAUCAAGAAACAUGUGGAAUGAUCGUAGAAAUCAAACAGCUUGGGAAAUGCGAGUUGAUUAUUGUGAAAAAUAUAAGGGGGAGAAUACUAAUGAAAUAGGCAUGUGA